CUAUGUCCUCAGCUGCAACGAUGAGUGUGCGUGCAAGCACUAUGUCUGCGGUAAGCAGCAGCAAUUUCCUCCUCCUGAACCGUCGCACAGCAAAUGCAGUAGCAGGAUGCCGAGUUCACCUCGCUCAAGAAGAGCUCGAGCUUCACUGAUGAGCUGCCGCCAUUCAAUUAGCUUAUUCACACGAACAUACUGAUGGAAUACAUCCUACAGAUAACGAAGAGGCAUGUAUGAACGGUGAGUUCGCCCAGUGCAUGGAUGAUGCGUAUGUCCCCCAGAAGUGCAGCCCCAGUCUGGACAAGUCCGGCAUGUCAGUGACCUGCAUGACUGAAUCAGACAUCGCGAGGCAGGCACAUCUCAGCCACGAAUGUCACGGACGGCAUCAUGCAUGGACAGCGGCUGAGUGCACGUCGCUGUGAACUGGGUUAGUAGGACGUAGUCACGACAUUCACGGUAUCUCAGUCCAAAGCUUGCAUUCGCAUUGACAAAGGAUGACAUCGGUUGUAGCAUAAAAUACGUACUUCUCCCUCCCUAAUACAUGCCCACUCUCUGUAAGCACCGGU